UUAAUCGUUACUUAUGAUAACCUCUAUAAAGUAUAGACUUACCAAACCGAAUUGACAGACAAAAAGCAGCAGUGAGAGUGUAUCUGAAUUCUGAUCUUUCAAGCUUCAUCUAUGUGGUUGAAAGCAUUCACUGAAGGUAUGAAGAAGCUUUAUCGCAAAGGGACGGUGCAUCCAUCACAGCCGGACAAGCUCGACCAGUUGACCUUCCUCCCGGCAGCCAUUCUGACCCUCGCCGCCGCUCUCUCGCCGGAGGAAAAGGAGGUGUUGGCGUAUCUAAUCUCAUGCUCCAACAGCUCCGGAAACUGCUUCUCAAACCACCAUCGCCUAGGCCACCAAAGUGGGUCUUCCUCUUCUUUUGCUAGAAGUUAUACUACGGGAAGCGGUGACCACCCGCCGUCGUUCAAGUGCGACUGUUUCAGAUGCUACAUGAGUUACUGGGCUAGGUGGGACUCGUCGCCGAACCUUCAGUUGAUCCAUGAAAUCAUCGAAGCUUUUGAGGACUGGUUGGUUCAGAGUUCUACGUCAAGUAAAAAGAGCAGAAAAGACAGGAAGAAAAAGGGUAGUGAUAGUAAUAAGUCCAGUGAGUUGAAUCCGUCCGAGACGAGUCAGAACAGCGAGUUAGGCGAAUCUGACUCGGUGAUUGAAUCUAGCAGCGGCGGUGGUGAUGGCGGCGGCGGAAGUGGUGGUGGUGGUGGUGAUGCAGGGGAAGGGGGAGAAAAAGGGUCUGUGAGGAGGCUGAUGAAUUUCAUAGGAGAGAGGAUAUGGGGUGUGGGUUCAUCAACCUGAAGGAAAAUGUAAGAUAAACAGAAGGUAGGUUUAAUCUUAGUUUUUCUUCCAUAGAAUUUGGAACUUGUUUUUUGUCAUCUUGUUUCUGCAAAUGACCUCUUUUUAUGAUUAUUGAAGGAUGGGUAGCUUAAAUUUGGGUCAAAAUCAUGGGUUCUUUAAAUUUCUCUUAAACAAAAAUGGGUUCUUGAAAUUUCAAGCUCCUGUAUAAUAAUUAUAUGCAGAAUUCAGAUCCCUCUUCAAUCUCAAUGAAUGAAUGGAAAAUGACCAAUUUUUGGUUG